AUGGUGGAGGGGGGCGGGAUGGACUCCGUGUGCGAGAGGUUCGCGGAGCGCACGGCUGAGCUGCGAAGUCGCUUGCCGUCGGGCGGAAACGACCUUUGCAUGGCCGUCCUCGACCACGCGCUCCUGCACUCGGCUGCAGUGGCGCACCUGGGGCGCUCCGGCGCCCUGCCCGCGAACGUCCGGGCCACGACGUGCAUCGCCGGGCGUCUCGUCGAGGAGUGCUACUCGAGGAGAGCAGCCGCGAUGGCGGAACGGCCGGAACGGGACGCGGAGGACGCCGCGCUUGAGUGGGCCAUGAAGCAGAACAAACGAGGCCCGGAUUUCCGUUUCUCGAACGCGAACGGGCAGCUCGACCUGUCCAAGCUCGAGGAACAGGACCGGUUCAAAUCGCUGCUGCCGCGCGCGCCGCGUUCGUCGGCCGCAGCGGGCCCCGGAGCGUAUCCCGCCCAGCAGGCUUUGCACGCUGAGCCAACAGGCGCGCCACACGACGCCAUGGACGUCUCCCCGCCGGGAACGGCACGUGCAUCGGGAGGUAUGAUACCGAGCAACGCGCAGUACCGGGAUUUGAAGUCCCGGAGGCCCCACUCGGUGGAUUUCCGGCCUCCAACGAAGCGACCACUCCAGGCCCCAGAGCCCGACGCCCCGUGCGCGAGGCAGAAACCACGCGCCGGCGACGGCAAAUGGAGCAGACCGGCUCCGCAUUCCACCCUCAAGCACCAGCCUGGCGAUCAGCCGGAGUACCGGGAGAACGCGGGCGGCGGCGACGACGACGAUCCGAUCGAGAGAGUCAAGAACAACAACGCCGCGAUGUUUCAGACCGCGACCAACGUGCUCAUCCAGCAGGUGGAGCGCGAGGGCGGGCAGGUCGUCGACAGGGGGGCGAGGCGGCAGCAGGCGCCCGGUUCGGCGGGCGUGCGCGGGAGCUUCGUGCCGCCGUUCAAGCGCGACGGCGAGAACGGCAAGCCGCCGGCGCGCGCGGGCCCCGUCGGCGCCGCGAUGCACCGUGCGGCGGGCAACGCCGCGCAGAAGCAGAAGGGCGGCGACGGGGGGGAGUCGCCGCUGUCGCCGCGGACCCUCGAGCUGCUGGGCUGCCCGGACGGCCCGCUGCCCGAGGAGCUCGCGCGGAUCGCCCCGGCGAUGGUCGAGACGGUGUGCAACGAGGUGCUGGACUGCGGGGGGAGUAUUUCGUGGGACGACAUCGCGGGGCAGGCGCACGCGAAGCAGCUCGUGCAGGAGACCGUCGUGUGGCCGAUGCUCAACCCGCACCUCUUCACGGGCGCGCGGGCGCCCCCGAAAGGCAUCCUGCUCUUCGGACCCCCCGGGACGGGAAAGACGCUGAUCGGCAAGGCGGUGGCGGGGAACAUCCGCGCGACGUUUUUCAACAUCAGCGCGUCGUCGCUCAUGUCCAAGUGGAUCGGCGAGGGGGAGAAGAUGGUCCGCGCGCUGUUCGCGGUCGCGGGCGUCGUGCAGCCCUCGGUGAUCUUCAUCGACGAGAUCGACUCGAUCCUGAGCGCGCGCAAGGCCGACGGGGAGAACGAGGCGUCCCGGCGGCUCAAGACGGAGAUGCUGGUGCAGAUGGAGGGCUGCGACCCGUCGUCCGCGGCGCGCCGCGUGCUCCUGGUCGGCGCCACGAACCGCCCCGAGGAGCUCGACGAGGCGGCGCGGCGACGCAUGCCAAAGCAGCUGUACAUCCCGCUGCCGUGCGCGGAGGCGCGCGCGGCGAUGGUGCGGCGCGGGCUGCGCGGGGUGCGCUCGAGCCUGUCGGACGGGAACGUCGCGAAGAUCGUCGAGAAGACGGACGGGUACUCUGGGUCUGACAUGCGGAACCUGAUUCAGGAGGCGUGCCAGGGGCCCGUGCGGGAUGCGGUCGCGUCGCACGGCGCGGACGUGGUCAACCUGAGCGAGGGCGACCUGCGCGCGGUCAACGUCAAGGACUUCCAGCUCGCGGCGCGCGCGCAGAAGGCGUCGGUCGCGCCCGAGGAGGUGACGCGGUACAUCGAGUACAACGAGAAGCACGGGGCGCGGUUCCUGGGCGACGGUCUCGGCGGAGACGGCGAGGACGCGAUGGCGGACGAGGAGGACUGGUGA